AUCAACACAGGCAUCACCGAGACAGUCGAAUGCAUCAUUUGAAGGGCAGGCAAUCUCCGCGUCGAUAAAAUUACCAAAAAUUGAACUACCAACAUUUGACGGAGAUUAUUUAGAAUGGAUCAAGUUCAAAGACUUAUUUUCAGCAAUAGUGCAUAACAAUGCAACUUUAACAAACGCACAAAAACUUCAUUACCUUAAAUCAGUUUUAAAGGGAGAAGCUGAACAACUCCUACACUCCAUUGAAGUCAGUGAUGGUAAUUAUACAGAAGCAUGGAAGAUACUGCAAGAUAGAUAUGAAAAUGAACGACAGAUUAUUAACAGUCAUCUUAAGGCUCUUUUUCAACAGCCACGUGCAAGGACUGAUUCGGCGAGUGAAAUCAAACGACUGCUAGACACUACUGUAAAACAUGUCAGAGCAUUAGCAGUGUUAAAAUUGCCGACAGAUCAUUGGGAUCACAUUUUGGUUUAUACAUUAAGCAACAAACUCGAUGAUGAAACAAGAAAACAGUGGGAAUUAAAGGCUACAACGACUACAUUUCCUACAUUCAAUGAGUUGAAGCAAUUUCUGGAGCAGAGAUAUCGUGCUCUAGAGAUUUCCGUGAGCAAUAUGUGGAAACAAAGAACACAACAAAACAUAGGAAAACUAUCAAAUACACUCAAAGCUCAUAGUGUGACCGUUUUAAGUUGCCCAGUUUGCAAGGAGGCACAUCAUGUUUUUUACUGUCCAGCGUUCCAGAAACAGAACGUGAAAACUCGUAAGGUCACUAUCAAGAAUGCUGGACUCUGUUUUAACUGUUUUAAGGGUAAUCACUCAGUGAAAGACUGUAAAUCUACAUCUACAUGCAAGCAUUGUCGUAAGAAACAUAACACCAUGCUACAUGAAGACGAAUCUCCCGCUCAAGUUUCAGCAUCAAACGCAGCAUCUUCUUGUAUAACAGCGAAUUGCAACACUAGUGAAGUGAUUAUUACACACCACGCAUCUGAAACUCAACAAAAAACUGUCUUGUUAGCGACGGCAGUGGUAAAUGUGAUUGACUCGUUUGGAACCAAACAUAAAGCUAGACUACUACUAGAUAAUGGAUCGCAGUCAUCAUUUGUUAGUGAAGCGUUUGUACAAAGAACAAGAUUGCCGCGAGAAACUGGAAAAUUAAGAGUUAUAGGUCUGGGUCAAACAGAUUCUGGAGUUACGAAGGGUAUAGUGAAGCUACAACUUCAGUCGAUAUAUGACCAGUUCUCUUUACAAAUUAACGCAUUCGUAUUGCCGAAGCUUACAGGUAUUCUCCCAGCAGUAAAGGUUAACAUUUCAGACUGGAAGCAUAUUAAGAAUAUAGAUCUAGCAGACUCAGCAUUCAACAAGCCUCGUGAAAUAGACAUUCUAUUAGGAGCAGAUUAUUAUCAUGAUGUCUUAACAUCCACGCCAAUAGUGAAGGAGUCAAACCGUCCUUAUUUACAGCUCACAAGGUUUGGAUGGGUAGUCUCAGGUCCUGUGGGUCAGCAACUUGAAGACAAGGUGAUCUGCAACUUUGUUACGUGUAACACAGAUAAAAUACUAAAACAAUUUUGGGAAAUCGAAGAGGUAGAAGCUACACAAAAAAUGUCGGCAGAAGAAACAAAAUGUGAAGAACAUUUUCAAAAAACUCAUCGAAGACAAGAAAAUGGACGCUAUUCAGUCUCAUUUCCCUUUAGGGAAGAAAGACCAACGUUAGGAGACUCCAAGCAAAUGGCAUUUCGUCGGCUUCAGGCAUUAGAAAGAAGACUAGAAAAGGAUCCGUACAUUCGUACUCAAUACAAUGAUUUCAUGAAGGAGUAUGAAAAUAAACACCACAUGUCUGAAGUCUCAACUACUGAAGAGUGUUACUAUAUACCUCAUCAUUGCGUCAUACGAGAAAGCAGCGAAACCACGAAGCUCCGUGUAGUUUUUGAUGCCUCAGCCAAGUCAUCGAACAAUAAAUCACUAAAUGAACAAAUCUGUGUGGGACCUAAAAUCCAAGAUGAUAUAUUUGAAAUCUUGCUUCGUUUCCGUACGUGGAAGAUUGCUAUAUCGGCAGACAUAGAAAAGAUGUUCAGACAGAUAUCUAUGAACAAUGAGGAUAGAAGAUGGCAACGCAUUUUGUGGAGAUCAUCACCAGAAUUGCCAGUGAAAGAAUAUGAACUGAACACAGUAACGUAUGGUACCACAUCUGGUCCGUAUUUAGCUACAAGGACCUUGAAACAACUGUCGAUCGAUGAAAGAGAACAUUUUCCUGAAGCGUCGACAGUGGUUGAACGUGACUUCUACGUGGACGAUUUAAUGACAGGUAGAGACGAAGGCCAGGAGGCAGUUUAUUUGUGUCAACAGCUUACAGAGAUGCUAAAUAAAGGACAAUUUUAUCUUCGCAAGUGGAUCUCAAAUGACAGGACAGUGAUAUCAGCCUUACAACAAUCUGAGAGUACUGACAAUCAUCACAUUAAGGUAUCUGACUUAACGAAGGCCUUAGGUCUUAAUUGGAACACUAAGGAAGAUAUAUUUUACUUCGUGUUAUGUAAAUUCUCUAGUCAACCACCUACAAAACGUACUGUAAUUUCAGACAUCGCACGACUAUUUGAUCCAUUGGGUUGGUUAGCACCAGUCACAAUCAAGGCCAAAAUGAUGCUCCAACGCCUUUGGACAAUUGGAACAACAUGGGAUGAAUUGCUACCUACAGUCAUUGCAGAACAAUGGAAAGGCUUUAGGGCUGAACUUCAAACAUUAACAGAAAUAAAAAUACCACGUCAUGCUAUUGACAGAAAAUAUCCACUUCAACUGCAUGGGUUUGCUGACGCAUCUGAACGAGCUUAUGCUGCUGUCGUGUACAGCAGGCAACGAAUUCAGGGAGAAAUUGUAAUCAAGAUACUCUGUGCAAAGACUAAAGUGGCUCCAUUGAAGGUUGUGACUCUUCCUAGAUUAGAACUCUGUGCUAUACAACUCUUAGCUAAGCUAAUGCAUCGAGUGAAUCAACAAUUGCAAAUAAAUAAAGAAGACGUUUUCGCUUGGUCAGAUUCAACUAUAGCUUUGUCUUGGAUUAAAAGUGAGCCUAGAAAUUGGAAAACUUUCGUGGCAAACCGAGUAAGUGAGAUUCAGACUUAUCUUCCUCCACAACACUGGAAGCACGUUAAAUCCAAAGAUAAUCCUGCAGACUAUGCGUCACGUGGGCUUAACCCAGCUACGUUAAACUCGUGUGAUCAAUGGUGGAAUGGACCAAAGUUUCUUUACGAUGAGGAGGUAACUUGGAAGGUAAAUACAAUCAAUUAUUAUGAUGUUCAAGAAGAAAGAAAGAAGACAACGGUCGCUUUCACAGGCAAAACUGAGAUUGAAGAUCCUUUGAAUAUAAGAAAAUCAUCUUCAUGGUUAAAACUUCAACGCAUCCUUGCUUAUUGCAGAAGAUUUAUCAACAACUGUAAGAAAGAAAAGAAAAACAGACAAAUAGGACAGUUAACUCCAACAGAAACAAAACAUUCAGCGAUCUGCAUUAUUCGACAUGUACAGCAGGUUUGCUUUAGAGAUGUUUUUGAAGCAAUUAAAACAAAUAACUCAAAGCACAGAUUACGCGCACUCGCACCAUUUGUUGAUGAGCAGUGCUGUCUUCGAGUUGGAGGUAGACUGCAGAAUGCAAAUAUCAGUUUUGAUGCAAAACAUCCACUACUGUUACCAGAGAAACACCAUCUCACAAAAAUCAUCGUGCAAUAUUUUCACAAGUUGCUGCUUCAUCCGAGCAUUAAUCUUUUGAUAGCUCAAAUUCGACAACUGUUCUGGAUUCCGCAUACUCGAACUUCAGUAAAGAGGUAUACUAAAGACUGUAUGGCUUGUUUUCGAGAUCGAGCUUCGGAAGAAAGUCAACAAAUGGGUGUCCUUCCACAAUAUCGUGUUCAGCAACUGCGACCUUUUUCGAAGGUUGGAAUAGAUUACGCAGGACCAUUUCCUAUUAAGGUGUCACAUGGAAGAACAACAAAACACUGGAAAUCAUAUUUAGCGUUAUUUAUCUGUAUGGCUACAAAAGCAGUCCAUCUUGAAGUCGUAAGUGAUUUAACAACUGCAGCUUUUAUAGCAGCUUUGAGAAGGUUUACUUCAAGAAGAGGUAAGCCCACUGAUAUAUUUAGUGACAAUGGCACAAACUUUGUCGGUGCUAACAAUGAGCUUCGGGAGUUACUGCAAUUUUUGAAUAAAGACAGUACUAAACAGGAAGUUAUUUCAACUAGUUGUAAUCAAGGUAUAAACUGGCACUUUAUUCCUCCUCAUUCCCCACAUUUUGGCGGAUUAUGGGAAUUAAAUAUCAAAUCUGCUAAGAAACAUAUGAUAAGAAUCAUAGGCAAUCAAAUUCUUACUUAUGAAGAAUUAACUACUGUGUUUAAUAAAAUUGAGGCUUGUUUGAAUUCGCGACCUCUGACACUAAUCAGUGAAGAUCCAAAUGAACUAUCAGCAUUAACUCCAGCGCACUUCCUUCUUGGGGAAGACCUAACUUCUUUACCAGAACCUGAUCUUCAGCAUAUUAAGUUGAAUCGAUUAUCCCGAUGGCAGUUACUCCAGCGCAUGGUGCAAGACAUUUGGAAACGUUGGCAUUUAGAGUACCUGAGCCAACUACAAAAUAGACCAAAAUGGGCAGAAAAAAGAAGAANAUCAUUGUUUAUUUAA